CCACGGUCGUUUCUCUUUAAGUGCGGAUGAAAGGCUGAGCAACGAUUGUGUAAUUUGGGUGAAAGAGAAGAGAGGAGUCGGGAGAAGUGAAGCAGGAGGCGCUGAACAGUAUUACGGUUUUAUCCCCGCCCACUUUGAUCUACUAGUCGAGGCUUCAGCGAUGGAGCUAACGUGGGCUAAAACCUUAGUGCUAACAGGAGGAGUUCUGCUUGUUCCUGUUUUCGCCAUCGUUGCGUCCUUCGUGUUCUGGCCCGGAGUGCUGCUGAAGGCCUUCAACUGGUACAAUCGCCGCUUGCAGGGCAUGGUGGUCCGUUACUGUCACAGUGGAACUUACCGCUUCUGUUAUACCACCCGCGGGACACCAGGGGGCGCCACACCGUCGCUGCUUCUGCUGCACGGGUUCACCGCCUCCAAGGACAUGUGGCUGCCUGUUGUCAUGUACCUCCCCAGAAACCUGCAUGUGGUUUGUUUGGACAUGCCUGGACAUGAAGGGACGAGUCGAACCGGGGCAGAAGAUUACAGCAUCCAGGGUCAAGCCAGGCGAGUCCAUCAGUUCGUCCGCAGCGUCGGUCUGGAUAAGUCGCCGUUCCACCUGGUCGGCACCUCCAUGGGCGGGAACGUGGCGGGCGUCUAUGCCGGUCUUUACCCGGCUGACGUCUGCAGCCUCACCUUGGUGUGUCCAGCAGGUCUGGAUUACCCCACAGACUCCAGCUUCAUCGCUCUUCUGAAGGAGCUGGACCUGGAGACGCCCAACGCGCCCAGCAAACCCAUCCCGCUUAUCCCCACCUCUAUGCAGGAGCUGGAGGCCAUGCUGAAGCUGUGCUGCUAUAAACCGCCUAAAAUCCCCCGCCAGUUCCUCCGGGGCCUCCUGGCCAACAGGAUCCCAAACAACGACUUCUACAGAGAAGUGUUCUUGGCGAUCGUUGGGGAGAAGUCUCGGUACUUGCUGCAGGAACACCUGAAUCUGAUCACAGCGCCCCUGCAGGUCAUCUGGGGGAAGCACGACCGGAUCCUGGAUGUUUCUGGAGCCACAGUGAUCCAGAAGGCGCUUCCUCACUGCCAGGUGGAUUUGCUGGACAACUGCGGUCACACCAUUGCCUUGGAGAGGCCGAGGAAAUUUGCUAACCUUGUGCUGGACUUCCACAAUAAAGCAAAGAAAGAAGCCUGAACGGUGGAGGAGGGAAAACUAGAACUUGCAGCACUUAUUUUAACUGACAGAUGCGUCUCAACUUGUUAGCAAAAAUCAUUCCAUGGGAGGAAUUUGACUAACUUUUCAUCUGAAAAAUAGUUUCUUUUUUUUCCCUUUUUUAUAGGGAAGAAAUUAUGAUUUUAAUUUGAGACAAAAAACCAGAACUGAGGGAAAAUUCUGAUUCCUGACUAAUUGUUAUUCUUUUUGUAAACUAAAAAUAUUGAUGAAUGAGUUAACAGAAUGGUUUUGCACAAAUAUUUCCCAAGGGUUGAAAAAUUUAGUAAAAAAAGAAAAAUGAAAA